AUGAAUCUUGACCCAGACUUUGGGAAAGUUCAAACUCAACCAUUAGUUAGUUUCGACAUAUAUAUCGUACUCUUAAAUGUAGAGAAAUAUCAAAGAUAA